GAGCACUUCAGUGAAGAUUGAAUCACCCUGCCUGGCCUGCUCUUACCGCCACCGUCCCGUUAACUCCGCAUAUCUCCGAAUAUCUCUCCUUCACCGUACGCACCAUCAUGGGAGUCGAAGGCUGCACCAAAUGUGUCAAAUACCUGCUUUUCUUCUUCAACUUCAUCUUCUGGCUUACAGGAGGUGUAAUCCUGGGUGUGGCUCUGUGGCUGCGGCAAGACCCAAAGACUAGUACACUGCUUGGAAUCGAGUAUGAAGGACAUCAGGCCCCCAACACAUUCUACAUCAGUGUCCACAUUCUGAUCGCUGUUGGAGCUGUUAUGAUGGUGGUUGGCUUCCUUGGAUGCUAUGGUGCUAUCCAGGAGUCUCAGUGUCUUUUAGGAACCUUCUUUGCCUGCCUGGUCAUUCUGUUUGCCUGCGAGGUUGCAGCUGGAAUCUGGGGCUACUUGAACAAAGAAACGGUGUCGAGUGAGAUGAUAAACUUCUAUGACUCAAUUUACAACCAAGCCAGGCAACCAGACUUCGCAGGCGCUGACGAGCAGAAGAAGGCCGCCCUCGCCACUGUGCUCAAGGUCUUCCAUGAAACGCUCCAAUGCUGCGGUAAAGGUGGAGCUGACCAGCUGUACACACUCUUCACUCAGGUUUCUGGCACCAGUGACGUCUGCCCGAGUUCUUUUACUGCUAUUAACUGCCAUGCUAGGAUCAGAGAGUUGUUCUCGGACAAGAUUUAUCUCAUUGGAAUUAUUGCACUUGUAAUUGCAAUGAUUAUGAUCUUUGAGAUGAUCUUCAGUAUGGUGCUGUGCUGUGGGAUCCGCAACAGUCCAGUCUACUAAAGAUCAGGCUGCCAUACUCUUCUUAAUCAAUGGAAAGAAGUGGUUUCUUUAGUUCUUUCUUUUUUGUUUUUUAUAUGCAGGAACCCUCAUAUAUAUUGCUCGCUGGACUUAGUCAGCCUUAGACACCACCCUGUUUUUUUUAGUUUAGUUUUUUUUUUUUUUUUUGCUUUUUUUUAAACAUUUUUUUUUUGUUAGUCACAAAUGCUGUUAUGCAUAUUGACCAGUGCUAUUCUAACCUGAAUUGUAGAUUUUAUAUCACUCUUAUAAAAGCAGCCCAGUUCAUCGCUGCUGUAAUUGUUUAGUGAUCUACUGCUUUCAUGACUAUAAACAUGCUCUUAUAUUCUUAGUUUUAUGGAUGUUCUUUUCACUGUAUAAACUGUAUAUAAAUAUAUAUAUUAACAGUGCUUUAUGACUGCCUGAGCAUGGAUAUUGUAUUACAGUAGAUUCUUAUCCUUAACUGUCUGCUUGAAUGCCUUGCCCUCAAACUAAAGCAGACUGUGGAUUUAAGAAGAGCACUAGUGUAGUACUAGUGUAGGCUUCCCCGUCCCAAAGACCAUUAUCUUUGUCCACGUUGCCAUAUGAUGGAUACAGUAGUCUACUAAAUAAGGAAUGUCUAUAGUUUUACCUAAGGAACCAAAGUCAAAGUGAAUAGUCAUUUUGACUGGAUGCGGGUUUGAUGUUCAUUUGUUUUUGACGACGGUUGUUCAUCUCAUGUUCAAAUCUAUUCUUGAAGGCAUAAAAUGUAGCCUAAAUCUCAGUGGAAGUUCUGUUACUUCACUGAGUAAUUCAGAUUGGAGGCAUUGUAAAGAUUGUAAAGGCAUAAUUCAGAUUGCAAAGGCCUUUUUAAAUUUAAUGCAUCCCAUAUAUAUUUGACAUUAUCAAAAAAACUAAGGAAUUUGAUUUGUAGUUCUUAUAAAUGUUCAAAAAGGAGUCAUAACCUCAAAUUGGCUACUUAUAGGCUGGUUGUGUCAUUUUACUGUACUAUUGUUUUACUGUUACAAUUCUGUCCAUCAGUUUGCACACAGCUGCAUCUUAUAUGCACACUAGCUAAGGACCUACCAGAUCAACAGUUGACACUUUGGUAUAAUCAUAGCUUUACCAAAGUAUCACAAAUAACUUUGUCUUCUCAGCCAGUUAGGUUUUAUCCAACGCUCAUUAGCUUUACUAAUGAAUUCAGACUAUUAUGCCAUGCCAAGAGACAUGUUAAAAACAAAAACAUUUGGAUCUGCUAUGAUGGGGUAAUUUAAUUAGCAUAAUUUGUGAAAAUCCAAGUGACUGUGGUAAUGUGUAUUUGAAGUGUUUUUUUUUUUUCAAAUGUUAGCUAUGGCCAUAUUUGUACCAGUAGAAGGCAGUGUAGCCCCACUAAUACAGUACUAACUAGGGUUAUUGGCUAAGGUAGUUUUUUUUUUUUUUUCUAGAGCCAACUGCCAAAUUCAUUUCUCACACUUACCAAGCUCAGAUUUGACAUGAUCACGUGUAACCUGCCUUACCACACUCCUGUGUCAACCAACUAAAAGCUAUGUCUUGUUAAUGUGUUCUUGAUCUGAGAAACAGUUAAGUGUCUUGUAAUAUUUACAGCUCUGAAAUAUUGUACUAAUGAAGUUCAUGAAGGCUGUAGAAAACCUUAUUAUAUGCCUUUUUCUCUUUGUAUUGUGAUAUCUUAUGUCUGGUACGUUGUUAAAGGAGUCUGUCUGAAGGUAGGGGGAUUUGUGGCAGUACCUAGUGUGUCUGAUGUGAAUGGCUUAUGUUAAAAUACCCAAAUUUCAAACUAUUGCAGAAAAUGCUCGCUCAAUACAGAUUUUGAUGCCACAGUGAUAAUUAAAACAAAACAAAAAUCUUUUUCAGCUAUACCAAACAAUAGUAGUUUACUUAAUAGUAAUAUUCUUACUCUAGUUAUGAAAGACCUUUCUAAAACAAUUCAGGAUAGGUAAAAUGUAUCAAAACCUGUUCAGAGAAGUUUUGGUAUCAAUUAUUUAGACAAACGUACAAAGGGCAUUGGAAGAACUUAACUGUACAAACUCUACUCAUUGUCUUUUGGAUUUGAAGACCAACACCAGUUCUACUGCCACUUGAAUCUCACCUUCUUUCUUUUGCAGACCUUUGGUUUGCCCAAAUAUAAAGGGAUUUGAUGUAUUUUACAAAUAAAGAUGAAAAAACUUUGA